AUGAAAUCAUCGAUUUUCGUUGCCUUCCUCUUAGUGGGUCUUUUCGUUGCCCCCUUAAAUUGCCAAGAUGCCACGAAAGGGGAAAAUAAAAGUGUGGUGUUAGAUGAAAAUAAUAAUAAUAAUCCUGCUGUAACAACGGUUGUGCCUAAUAAAGAUGAUACAACUACAGACAAACCUACUACAACAACUGAUAAGCCGACAAGCACAACAAGUACAGAAACGCCUACAACAACAACAACCACAGAAAAAAGUACGACAACAUCAACAACACCAGCUUCAAAUGAUACUACAACCUCGAGUACAACAAGUACGUCUUCAACAACUACCACCACAACAACAGUUGCACCCGAUACAACAACAACUCCUGCUCCAACUACAACAACCACAACAACAGUCGCUCCAAAUACAACAACCACAACAACUGUUGCUCCAAAUACAACAACAGUUGCACCCACUACCACCACCACUCCAUCACCAAAUCCAACACCUUUGCCACCAUGCCGUCGCUUCGAUGGCCCCUCCUUCAUCGGUGGUAUUGUCCUUACAUUAGGCUUAUUGGCUAUUGGCUUGGUAGCAUAUAAAUUUUAUAAGGCCCGCAAUGAACGCAACUACCACACUCUUUGAGCCGCCACCGCUUUUACGUCUGCAUUUAAUGCGACUGCGAAUGGCGCAUCUGCCAGUGCGACUCCACAUACAGAUGCUGAACGUGUACGUUUUAUGCCGGCAAUACCUCUGCGGGCUCCACCAUCACCCCCUCCCCCACCACCUACGUCGCAGCAGACAAACAA